AUGAGAGCUGUUCCAUUGUGUAAAUGUGGGAGGCACAAUGUUGUUUACACCUCCAAAACAAUUAGAAAUCCAAAUAGAGCAUUUUUCGGGUGCCCCAAUUUCAAGAAGAGUGUUAGAAAAAGAAGCCACACUGCAACUUUUUUUACAUGGGUGGAUGAUGCUACAUCUGAUACCAUGGAGCUGGAAGACUGGAGAAUUAAUAAGCUGGAGUUGAAUGUAGCUGAAAUGGAAUUCAAGUUGAACUUUGUGGACAUGAAGCUCAAUGAUGAAUUGCAGCUGGAGGUGAAUGACCACAAAAAGAAGAUUAAUGAGCACCAUAUAAAGAUUGAGGAACUAUCAAUGAAGAUGCAAGCAGAGUUUGAAAGGGUGGAGAAGGAAAUUAAGCAUGUGUGUAGGUGUGCUAGGGUGUAUCUACCAUUACAUGUUGUAACAUUUUUGGAAUGUAAAGAUUUGUAA